UAUAUAAAAUGAAUGUAACCGAGUAAUGAUAAGAUGGAAAAAGAUGAAAUAGUUUAAGUUAAAGAUGAUAAGCGCUUGCGCGAGAUGAAGAAUUUAACUCGCGGAUUGGAGAAUCGAAAAGCUCCUAGGCAAACUCUGUAGACUGGGGUUUAUCGUCGUUGGGGGAUGAAACUACCCCUCGGUUUCCAGUAGCUUGCUUGGAUACUUGCAAAUAUUAUAUAUUGCUAUACUAAAAGAUAUAACUUUAGUAUGUUCCGACGUCCAGCUAAAAGCUUCAGUUACCUUACGGACAUCACCAUAUUCACCUCACGAUAUUUAUUUAUUAAUACCAUGUAGUUGUUUAUCAUUUAAUCAUUUUAUCUCCAGUAAUUGCUCGGACAUAUUGUGCCAAAUUAAGUGACUUUUAUUAUUAAUAAUAAUAAUAAUUAUUAUUUUUAUUUUUUUAUCGGCGUGUUUGAUGUGGAAGUUGCGUUAAAUAAAAAUAUCCACCCACGAUGACAGUGAAUUUCCACCCUCUAUGGUUUAUUAUCUUCAUGUUGCCGGGUUUCAUCUGUCCUGGUGAUGCUAAGCAAGAUGAUUCGAAUAAUUUGGAUUGUAAAUUAGAAGGAUUACAUCCUUUUCUCAUAAUUACAUAUAAAAAUGUAACAAUAUCAGCAGACAAGAUUAGAAUUCCACAUAGCGAACGUGUCAUAGUGAGAUGUCGAGAACUAGGGAGGUACAAACUUGUCGGUGAUCCUUUUCUCCAAUGUCGGAAUGGAGAAUGGAAUAAUAAGCCACCUUCUUGUUUACCAACAACUUCCAUCUCUAAUUACAGCGAAAAUGCGCCACCAACAAUUUUAUUCGGAUUACCAACAGGAUCAGCGGCUAUUGAACCUUCUGGAGCGUUAGCUGUCUUCCCAGGAAGUAUUUUACAUCUCGAGUGUUUAUUUGCCAGACAUAUGGGUAACCCAGAAUGGACGUGGACGUCGACAUUUCGUCAAUAUCUCACGGGCUGGGCUAUCGCAGCAUCUGAAAAAGAUUGGAAGUACAGAUUGUCGAUAUACUACGUUAAAAAUCAAGACUCUGGAGUUUAUACAUGUUCAACACCAAAAGGUUUGACUAAUUCAAUUCGCAUACACGUUAUAGAUUUACAUUGCCCUACAUUGACAGUCGCUCCACCAACCAUCGGAAGAAUUCAAGGAACGAGGAUGGGACAUAAAGCGGAAUUCGGAUGUCCAGAUGGUUACAAACUCGAAGGAUCCCGACGUUUAAAUUGUCAAUAUAAUGGAAGAUGGUCAAGUGAAGUUCCACGUUGCGAUCCGAUACUUUGCCCGCAAAUUAAUAUAACGAACCCCAGACUCCAAUUAUUGGAGUACAAUAAUACCGUUGGAGGGAGAGCAUCUUUUGAUUGUAUGUGGGGUAAUAAUCUCAUUGGUGAACCGACAAUUAUUUGCAGAGAUGACGGCAGGUGGAGCGCACCCCCACCUCAUUGUUUACAAAUAAUUUGCCGUCUGCCCUCAAUGCCGAAGAAUGGAAAAGUUAUAGAAGAUCGAUUAACAAAUUCAGGGAAGAAACGUGUUCGUGUAAAGAAAGUAGGAUCUCUUUUGAGGUUCGCGUGUCUCCCGAGUCAUCAACUGAUUGGUGAAGCAUCAAUUAUCUGCAUGGAAAACGGAACGUGGUCACACGAUCCGCCUCAAUGUGAAGUAAGAUGUCCUUAUCCAGGCGAUCCACCUCAUGGAAAAAUAGCUCCAUUGAAAUUUUGGUACAAACCUGAAGAUACUAUUCAAGUAACUUGUUCACCUGGAUAUGUAACACCUCUUGAACCAGUUAAAAGGCCUACAUGCCGAGAAAAUGGGAUGUGGAGUGGACCACCACCACCUUGCCGGUCUUAUCGUGAUGUAUGAAAAGUAAAAAUAUAAAUUUUUUUAUCAUGACAUGACAAGAUAAAAUUAAAUCUCAAGAUAAAAGUAAAUCACUUUGCCGUUGCGGCAUAAAUUUAUCAAAAAAUUUAAACAUUUAAAUUAAAAUACUAUAAAAAAAAAGAAAAUGUUUUACACAAAAAAAACAAAUGAUAAUAAUUAAGGGAUUCAAAUGUUUUUAUUUGUAUUAAUCUUCCCAUUAAAAGUUUUUUUUAAAUGUAAGUACCCACAAGUAAUCAGUUAUUUAUUAAUAAUAAUGUACGUACAUUUAUUUUAUUUAAAUUAAAAAAAUUUCCCGCGCAAUUUUAAAAUAUUUGAAUUCGGCUGAAUUUAAAAAUGUCCUGACACAAAUAUAACUGAAGUUGUUUAUAAAUAAUUGAUUACUGUAAACACUUGUAAUAACUUUUUUUUAAGUAGAUUAAAUAUUGUAAAAUAUAUAAAGUUUAAUUAAAAAAUUUUCUUGUACUUAGAUGUUUAUCUUUAUUUUUAUUUUAUGUGUUAGACUUUUGUUUCUCUUAUAGCCUAGUCUACAAAGAGACGUAGUUCUGUUCCUUGUAUUUACACUGUGAGAUUAAUUAAAGUCACUUGUCCUACCGGAUCCUCUCUCAAGUUAAAAUAUAUCAAGUCAACCCUCGUCGGCUUUGUGUAAAUACAACUACGGCUUGAUUUAGCCGCCGCUCCAACUGUUAAAAUAUCAUUUAGUAUUGUCGAUACAGAACUAAAUAUUUUAUUACGUUAUAUUUGUUAAAAGGUAAAACGGUGGGACUUUAAUUUAUAAGAUAAAUGUUUAUUUUAUUGUCAAUUAUUAUUUUUGUUAAUUAAAUAUUUUAUCGUACAUCGUUACUUAUUUACUUGGACAAAUUUAAUUUAUAAUUUUAAAUGUUUUCAUUCAUAAUAAGUGACAUUUAUCAAGUAGAUUUUAAUGUAAAAAAAAAUAAGUAAACUAUUAAUCACCCGAGUAAAAAUAUUUGGCCGAAAUCGUAGAAUUUCAUUCAAAGAAACCUAAACUUGACCGAAAUCGCGCUGAAGCUAUGGAAUUUUAUUGAAAAAGAUUGGAAGUUAACCGAAAAUACCCCGAAAUUAUUGAAUUUUAUUCAAAGAGAUUUAAAUGUAGCUGAAAUUUCGCUGUAGCUGUAGAAUUUUAUAGAAAAAGAUUGAAAGUUGGCUGAAAAUACGCCGAAAAAGCUAAAUUAGGCCGAAUCAUGCCGAAAUUAUAGCAUUUUAUUCAAAGAGACUUAAAUUUGGCUGAAACUUCGCUGAAGCUGUAGAAUUUUAUUAGAAAGGGUCGAAAGUUUGCCGAAAUUUUAUUAUAUUUUAAUAGACAGACCGGAAAUUGACCGAUGAAUUAAAUCAGUCUAUUUUCGGUUUUUUUUUCGGCCAUUUUUCGGUCUAGUUAGUUUUUAACCCUGUAUUAACUACCCGGGGUUUUUUUCUGCCGAGAAAAAAUUUUAUUAUUAUUUCGGCUUGAAAUUCUUUUACCUGAGUAAAACUUUUAAAUGUUUAAAAGAAAAUAACUAAAAUUUUUUUAUUAUCAUUUCUUUUUUUUUAUUUAUAUUUGUAAUUUAU